CAGUCAGAGAGACGCUGAAGAAAUCGCCCGCUGCUACUCGUACAGAUGUUGACAGGGCUCGUGCAGUGCAACAGCAUCUUCGCAUUUCACUGUUUUUGAAAGAGGAGUCGCUCACUUUGUACCUUCACCAUGGGAAAAGUUGAAGGCGGAAUGAAAUGUGUGAAAUAUCUCCUCUUCGUGUUCAACUUUAUAUUCUGGCUGAUGGGCUCGCUGGUUCUGGCUGUGGGACUCUGGCUGAGACUUGAUCCAAAUACCGUGUCACUUUUAGGAGAAGACGGGCCUGAUACCUUCUUUAUCGGGGUUUAUAUCCUCAUUGCGGCCGGGGGUCUGGUGAUGCUGGUGGGCUUCUUCGGCUGCUGUGGUGCUGUGAGGGAGUCUCAGUGCCUGCUGGGAUUGUUUUUCGCCUGUCUUCUGGUCAUCUUUGGAGCAGAAGUUGCAGCAGGAGUGUUUGGGUUUCUCAACAAAGAUAAGAUCAUUGAGGAAAUAAAACAUUUCUAUGAUGACUCAGCCAGAGACAACAACAACAACAAUACAACUGUCCAGUCCUACCACAUCAUUCUGAACUGCUGUGGCUCACCUUCAACGGAGCCCACUUUGUGUAAAGGAAUCGAAUCAAACCAGAAAUGUGACGUGGCCAUUGAAGAGUUUUUCAACAGUAAGCUCUUCAUCGUCGGUUAUGUGGGAAUCGGAAUCGCAGGAGUCAUGAUUAUUGGCAUGAUCUUCAGUAUGGUUCUAUGCUGUGCAAUCCGGAACAGCAGGGAGGUGAUCUAGCACAGUCUUCCUCGCCCUGACACGCAUAUACAACAAUAACAUUCCAACCAAGUUCAAGGGGUUCUUCUGCCAUCCUAUAAACUCAGGAGCUGAAAACAAACUCCAUGUCCAUAAUCCUGUACACAUAAUCCUGUUUUAACCCUUUCAAAUGGCUGGGUUGUCAUUAUUUAAUGCCUACUGGUUAGGUGCCGAGCUGGACUUUCCAAGUGCGACAAAAAAAAAAGUGUGUUAAUAAUAUAAUUCAGAUUGUGACUUCAGUUUUAGUGCACGCUGAUCUGCGUUUUCAUGCUAUUCUUGGCUGUUGCUGUGUGGCUUCACAUGUCAGAUAAAAAUAUUGUGUAAUGUGAUGCCAGGGAUUCUGUGGCAAACCCACGGCUGGUGGGAACGGUAAGAAGACCCACAGAUGCCUUUCGCUUAAUGUUUAUACACAAAGAAAGUAGUCUUCUUUGUCACCAAGAGAUUGAUGAACAUUUAUGAUUGAUCAAAACGACACGCACAUGCACAGAAAACCCUAAUCUCGCAUGCUGGAGAUCUUUAGAGGAAUCCUUGCAUCAUUAAAGUCCAUAUUGUUCAGUAAGUA